AUGCCGCCAGCAGCGAACCGCCGCCCCGGGCCGCCCCCCGGACUAGGCGCUCCGGCGUCCCAGCUCCUGGCGCUGCUGCUGCUGCUCGCGUGCUGCGCGGGCGCCUGCCGAGGUGCUCCAAUAUUACCUCAAGGAUUACGGCCUGAAGAAGAGCUACAACUGUGGAAUGAGAUAGAUGCUGCUUGCUCAUCUUUCCUGUCCCUUGGUUCUCAGCCUCAGGCAUCCAAUGCAUUGAAGGAGCUUUGCUUCACAAUUAUGGAAACUCUACCAAAGCCCAAGAAAACAGAUGAAAAAGUUAAUACUAAAAGGUUCUUAUUUCAUUAUUCAAAGACACGGAAGUUGGGCAAUUCAAAUGUUGUGUCGUCUGUCGUGCAUCCCUUGCUGCAGCUCGUUCCUCAACUGCAUGAGAGAAGAAUGAAGAGAUUCAAAGUGGACGAAGAAUUCCAAAAUCCUAUUGCAAUCCAGAGUCGAAGAUACUUUUUAUUCAGGCCACGCAAUGGAAGAAGAUCAGAAAGUUACAUUUGAAAUGAAUACCAACUAUUUUCCACAGAAGCAACGCCAUGGAAUACACAAUAU